UAUUUUUUUGUUUCAGCAACUAACAGCAUACAGCCUUUUGCUGCUUUUUAUUCUUCAUAGCAUGUGGUAUUUUUCAUGGAGUUCUAAUCCAAAAUAUUCUGAACAUGGUGAUUGAAAGUCAGGCUCUAGAAAUAGCAAGAUUUAUGAACAUGAAAAAAGUAGCUGUGUGUGAAGAUUAAAAGGCUGUUAAGACUAAAGAAGGCAUGCUGCAAAGCUUGAAUGGAGUGUCACUCCUAUCAUUAAAAAUGUAAAAUGAAGCUGCACCUAUCUUGCAGAUCAUUGUCUUUCUCCUUCUAUGUUUUGGAGAGCUUCUUAUUAAAUAGAAAGGCAAGCAGAGUGUUUUCAACAGGUGCAACUUUCAUUUUUGGUACAAUAUUAUAAUCAGAAUUAAUCCCCAAUUCGAAUUUAAGAUUAAAAUACAGAGGAUAAUUCAAGACGGAUUUCCAAGGUUACAAGAUGGUAUUUGUCUAAAUACAUAUAUAUAUAUAUGUACAUACGUAAAAUAUAUAUGCAGAUUCUUCUCAUUCUUUAAUAGCAAAACAUUCCUGCCAGUGACAGCAGAAAAUCUCAGGAUGCUGUUUGUGCCCCAGGCUGCAGUGAGUGACUGUGCCAUGAGCUCAGCUGGCUGGGCAGGAGCCCUGGCUGGGGCAGGGAACGCCCUUGGCAGGGGCGAGGCAGGAGCCGCCGGACUCCCUGAACUUGGGUGCUUUUGCAACUUGGCUUUAGAAUCCAGGAGGCUCAGCAGUUUUGCUGUGGCAUUAAUCAUGCUGUAGCUAAAGCACUAUAUCAUUAUGAAGGAAGCCCUGUUUUCCCGUAUUUUUCUUUAAGUUUAAAGGAUUUGUAAAAGGAUGUAGCACUAAACCUGAAGCGUGGCUCAUAUUCAGGGCACUGCAAGUUUUGAUGGGCAUUUUUUACUGUUGGUUGUUCUCCUUACUAACCCCUGUUGACUGGGUAAUUUUUUUGUUCCUUAGCCAAAGGAGCAGUAACUUACUUAGGCUACAGCAUGCCAGUUUUUCCUAUAGUGGCUGAUAUUUAAUCUUUCAUUCUCAUACAGUUUUUCUGAAGACAUUUAACUUGCAAGUUCACAAAAACAAUUUCUUUUUUUCUCUGCCCUUAGCAGAUGCAAAUUUGUCCCACUCUUAUCUAUGGAGAGCCUUGCCAUGAAUCCAUUUUUUCUUGUUUAUUGCUCUAUUCCGUACCCAUAUUACUUCUUCAUGAAGAAAAAUACAAUGCGAAAAUAAUUCUCAGAAUGGUCUGUUGGCCUGGUAAUGUAGUUUUCAAAGAUGGGGAGAGUGUAAGAGUCUUUGUGACUAAAGUAAAAAAUUAGGAGGAUAUAAUAGCUUACAGUAACCUUGAGCAGCUGACUGACUUCCUUGGAUGACUGACCCUGGUGGGAGGCUAAGUAGGACCUGUCUGAAGAACAGACAGAUGAAGCUGAGCUGAUGGGUUAUGUAACCUUUGGCACUGAAUCAAGAGGCAUUCUGUAGACACACACCCUCUUUCUAAAAUAAAGUAAAAUAUCUCUAGGCAGAAUUUUUUUUAAAAAUUGCUAUUGAUAAUUAGAUGUAAAUAUGCUAAAAUUUGUAAAGCCUGUUCACAUAAAUCCUGUGUUUCUCGUGGUUUUAAUCCUUUUAAGUACACUUCCAGUUAGCAGCACGCACCUUCCUUGAUCUAGUUGCAGCUGAGCAGGCAGAAACUGAAGUUCAUUGAAGUGACAUGUGCAUAAUCUGUGUGUCAGCCAGUACAGUAUGUUCUGUUUGAUAUUUACUUGGUGCACUACUCACAUUUCAAAAUUCAGUCAACAAUAAACACUAAUAUUGCUCUUACAGUCAGCAAGGCAAGGGGUAGAAGCUCCAUGUUUGUGUACCCUUUGGUCAGGAACAUGAGGCUGUGCAAGUAGAUUUCUUAUUUGGAGGUUACUGCCAUGCUUGUCAUGUGGAAGAGUUAAAAAUAACUCCUUAAAAUGCCAGUCUCUUUUAGGGUUAGGGCUAGAAAUAACCAUAUCUAAUAAAAUAUACUUGAAAGGGACAGUGGGUUCUGUACUUUUCCUUCAAAGUAUUUCAGAUCUAGGUAAUAUGAUAAUGUCAUAUUUUUGCAUGAAAUCAUACCUGUUAAUAUUUUUUAAGCUGAUUUAAUCAUGGGUUUUUUUGCAGAACCACAGUGUAAAAUUUUGCAUUUUGAAUAAGUUAACAUUUUUUUCUAUAAAUUUUUGGUUUUAUCUCUUCUGCUGAAACAUAAUCAAUGGACUAUCUAAAUGGAUACUUUGGCUUGGAAGUGGGUGAUGUGACAAAUUGCCAUCAGAUCUUUAAAAGUAGGAUUAAACUUGGCUCAGCUUCUGGAAGCUUUUCAGGCUAAAAUAGAUUUUGUUUACUCACUGUAUAAGGAAAUAUUUAAUGCUUCAAUAAUAGUUAAAAUAGCUAGGUUUUAUAAGUGAAGAUGGUCUUUAACAUUUCUGGAUGUUCUACUUUUGAUUCACAUGUGCUUAAUUAAAACCUAUGCAGAAAGGCUUAAUUAACCUCUGCAUACAUACUCUGUUUGCUGCUGGUAUGUAUUAUAAAGUCUUUUAUACCUGUCUUAGGUGGCUGAUUUUUGUGAAAUUAUGUUUCUUAGCCAUAAACUAUUCAAAAAUUUACCUUCAGUCAUUUUUCUUCUGCAGGUAAUACCUGUCUGAGCGCUGUUAUGAUGCAGGAUAUUGCUUUAAAUCAUUAUUCCAACAAAAUGGAGAAACCUAAAGGAGAGCUCUGCCUAUGCAGAGAUGACGUGUAAUAUCCCCCAUAAUUCGGACUGUGCCACUCCAGACACUGACUGUGGCCAGGAAUGGGCACAGGAACGCUGUCGCCUGGGAACGUUUGUUGGAUUUCCCCUGGGCUGCCCGGUGUCGGCGUUAGCACUGGCACGAGCUGGCUUUGUUUACACUGGAGAAGGUGACAAAGUGAAGUGCUUCAGUUGCCAUGCAACUAUUGAAGGAUGGGCAUCUGGGGAUUCUGCAGUUGAGAGACACAAACAGCUUUCCCCAAACUGCAAAUUUAUUACCGACUCUGCUUUUCUGGAAGAUGAUGUGGAUCCUGUAGGCCAGAACUACCAGCACAGAACUGAAAAUGGUUCCAGCAAUUCAGCCCUCCUGUGUGCCCUGGAUGACCCUGAGGUGGAGGCAGAUUACCUUUUGAGAACUAGGCAGGUUGUGGAUAUGUCAGAUACUUUGUAUCCUAGGAACCCUGCUAUGUGCAGCGAAGAAACAAGAUUAAAGUCUUUUCACAACUGGCCCCUCAAUGACCAAUUGACACCACAGGAAUUAGCUAAUGCUGGAUUUUAUUAUACAGGUGUUGGUGAUCAAGUGGCGUGUUUUUGUUGUGGUGGAAAACUGAAGAACUGGGAACCCACUGACAGAGCUUGGUCAGAACACAAGAGGCAUUUUCCCAAAUGCCUUUUUGUACUAGGCCGGGAUGUUGGAAAUGUUCCAAGUGAAUCUAUUCCUGAUGAAUUUGGGAUAAGUGGCCUGAACAAUGCACAGCACCCAAGGAAUCCAUCUAUGGCAAAGUAUGGAAGACGUUUACAAACAUUUUUGUCUUGGAUAUAUCCUGUUGACAAGGAGCAACUUGCAGAAGCUGGGUUCUACAGCGUAGGUAAUGGUGAUCAUGUUGUGUGUUUCCACUGUGGUGGAGGAUUGCGAGAAUGGAAGGAAAAUGAAGAUCCAUGGGAUCAACAUGCCAAAUGGUUUCCCGGGUGCAGGUUUCUGAGCAAGGAAAAGGGGAUAGAAUUUAUAAAUAAUGUUCACUUAAGAGACACAUGUAGUGAUCCAACAACAGAAGCUGCUGAAGGGACAAUACUUCCUAAAGAUGGUCUCUUACAGAAUCCUUUGGUACAAAGUGCCAUAGCCAUGGGUUUCAGUUUGUCUGAGAUUAGGAACACCAUGGAAAAGAGAUUGCAGAUGACUGGAGAAAGUCACACAUCUGUUGAGGAUCUGGUAGCAGACUUAAGUGCUCAGAAAGAAAAUACAAGGGAAGAAGAACCAAAUGAAAUCCCAAUUGAGCAAGAUGAGCUUAUUCAAUUACAAAACCUCUACCUCAGCACUGAAGAGAAGUUAAGACGCUUGCAAGAAGAAAAGCUCUGUAAAAUCUGUAUGGCUAAAGAUGUGUCAGUUGUCUUCAUUCCCUGUGGUCACUUAGUUGCCUGUAAGGAAUGUGCUCAAGUACUUAGUGAAUGCCCUCUGUGUCGUACAGAUAUUAUGAGAAAACAGGACAUUUUUAUGUAUUAGUGAAAUACACAGCACUAGGGAUGCAAAUGUUUCCUGCUUUAUUGCUUUAAAUAUGUGCAAUGUAAUGUUAAAAAUGCAGUUAAUUCCAGGAUGUAACCAUAUGGCAGUAUUUAGAUUUUUCUGCUGUCAAACUCUACGCGUUUUAACACUUCAAAAAUUAUUUAAAUUAUUUUUCUGAAGCGAAUUUUUUUGUACGUAAAAAGCAAUAUAAAAAGGUAAAUAUGUAUAUUUUGUAACUUCAGUUCAUAGACUGAAAGCCCAAAUGAUACAAACCUUUGUGAUCAUUCCUUUGCUUCACUUUGGUAGGACUCUGUAUGACUGAAGUUUAUGCAAAUACAGUUGUAUUAAGAGCCUAUCCCUGUAUAAAAUUUGUAAGUAAGUUAAUUUAAAAUGCUGUUGUAUACAUGUGUAUUAUAGCUGAGAUUUUAACUUCUUAAAAAUGUUAUGUAAGAUUGAAAAUAUUAUUUCUCUAACUGUGGUUGUGACAUAAUUCAGAAUAUACACACAAACCUGCUGCUGAAUACUUCACCUUCUGUUUACUUCUUCUGCUUUGUAAGUUUGUCUGUUUUAUAUGUGUCUCCUUGUCUAUUUUUUUGGGUUUAGAUGUAUGAAUUGGCUUCAGUAAACUGAAAUUUUAGCCAUCCAUUUUCCACAAAAAUCCCUCUGUAUAUAGAAUGUACAUUAAUUUCAUUGAUUUUUGAGAACUAAACAGAAAUGAAGGAGAUUUUAUGCACCUUGUGCCCUUCAUGAGAGGAGUGGGCAAGUUAAGGACUAUUCUAAUGAGAGUCACCUUAAAAUACUCAAAUGUUUUCAUACUGGACUCCAUUUCCAAUUAAAAAAAAUAUCACAGCUUUGUAUUUUAGUACAGCUGUUUUAUGGUUACUCUUCUUUAUUAUGUGACUUCCUUGUUUUGUGGAGUACUAUGUUCUGUGUAUAUACUUUCGAGUUCUAUAUAGAGAAUAUAGUUUUUCACAUGGUAAAAGUUUUAAAUCAAAUACACAGAAAUUUAAUAUCUACCUUUUCUAUUUUUUUUAAUCUAUGCUGUGUGAUGUAAUGAAUAUGUAAAAUAAAGUGCAACCUAGUUGUUCCUUGAGCAGUAUUUGAUUUGCACCUGGAAAAAAAAUAAUUUAUAACAGAAGGCUGCUUUCUGUUGUUUUUUGUUUUAUAACUGAACUGUUAUUAACGUAACCACAGUGUUAUUAGGCAUAAUGAACAUAUUUUAAUUGGAGAGGAAAUAAAAUCUAUUGUUUGUAUAAAUUAAAGUUGUUUAAUUAUAAAAUUAAACUACAUUAAUUUUGCUA